AUGACCGACAGACGUAGUCGUCGUGACCGCGAUCGCGAGAGCCUUCGAGUACCCCGCGCUCGACCCCACCGCAGCUCAAGGAACUCAUCCGUCCGCUCUUCAGCACGCUCCUCGGCCAACUACGAAGAACCUCGUCAUCGUCAUCCUUCGACCGGUCCAACUUCUUAUCCAGCAGCUGCUCCAGCUCCUUAUCCUACCAAUAGUCCUUAUUCCUAUCCAUCAGCCGCGAAUUCUGCUCGAUCGCUAAGAGCUGCCUCGUCUCGCUUUUCUCUCAAUGAGCAGUUCGCUGCUACUCGGCAAGACUUCAACCUCUGGGACGAUGAUGCAAGUUCCAUCUAUGACCAAGGGAUCAACGAAGAUGACGAGGAGGACGAUGAUGAAGAUGAGGAAGACGAAGACAAGGAUGGGGACAAAGAUGAGGACGAGGACGAGGAAGACUCUGAUGAUGACGACUCCGACGAUGAAGACUCAGAAGACGACGAAAAGGCUGCUCUAAGCUCGACAGAAGGAAAUGACGAUACAUUGCAUGAAAUCAGCAAUGCACCCCCCGUUCUGCAGGCUUCGGAUUCCAACUUUUAUGACCUCUUCUGCCUCCCACAAGGCACACAGGAGCUCUCGCAACAGCAGAUCCGAAACGCAUACUACCGCCUCUUUGUUCUCUUUUACCCCGACAGUUAUCCUGCACAUCUGCGUCCAGUUGCUCGCCAACAAUUCCUCCGAGUCCAAAAUGCUUUUGAAACGCUCAUUGACCCAGUGCGCCGAGCACAAUAUGACGUGGACCAGUUCCUGCAAGCUGAAGAAACGGGAGCAGUAAAGUCGGAGUACGAAACCGCGUUUGAUGAAGCUGUUCGGGACCGCAUACAGGGCAGUAUCAGUACCAACUCCGAUUUGGGUGUUCGACUGGAUGCAUCUGAGUCUACCAGUGGCCGCCCAAAACUCCAGAUCCUGGACUUUGCUCUCAGCCAUUCCGUCACGAUCGAGCUUCCAGGAGUACAGAAGUUAGUGCAGCCCCAAAUUGCCCGGGUAGAGAGUUUUGCUUCAAAGAACGAAAAGGAGGCAGCCGAGAGUCUGUCACAGCCUGGUAUUCAAGUAGCUACACCCACAGUUACUAUUACUGGAUCUACUUAUGGUAUCUCAAAGGAUCUCUCAUCAGUGCCAACAUCACUCUUGUGUGAUCGGUACCAGCCUCUUCUGCCCCUGACAAUUUCGAGACAUAGACUUAUGCAGCUUGUCGAGAACAAAUUUGCACCAUUGGCCACUCUUCAGUACAGACAAGAGUUCCUCAACCGCAAGCUCUCACCAUCGCCAGAGAAGUUUAGGUGGAUAAAGACAGCUGUUGAGCUCGAGGCGGAUGUUUUGCCUGAGCUUACCGCUAGGAGCCGCCUCUACCACCACUUCCUACUGCCCAAGUUCACUGAGCCUACCAUUGCUGAAGCUAGCAUACAAUCUCCGCGGGAUUCUACUGAGUUUCAACCCCGUGUUGCUCUUGGGCUUUAUCAGAAUCUGCGCCACGGAACUGGCUUCCUGCGCGCGGAUAGUGGCGACUGGGCCUUUGGUACCGAACAGUACUCUCGAUUCUUCUCUGAGCACUCAACGAUAAACCCGGAUUUCUUCAAUGCCGAAGCACCCGGGGCCACUCCCAGCAUUGAACUAGGGUUCCGAACGGGACAAUCCGACCGAUUGCCUGCCCCAGGUUCCUCGGAUACCCCUGGUGACGAGGGUGGGAUUCGAGGUCUCGACUACGAGAUUAACACAUGCCAGCAUGGAACAUGGGCUAUCUCUGCUUCUGCCUCGCCUGUUUCAGCAGCGGGUGCUAUAAGAUACAGCAAGGACCUUGUUCUGCCUUUCCAAGCUCCGCCAACGUCAUUAGACCCAGGCAUGCCUGCAGCAGCACGCCUGGAAGCAGAGCUCUGCUCAAACAGAUUCCAGGAUCAAUACUUGGCUGUCCGUAACCUCUGGUCUGUUGGUCGUUUUGCACGCAUCGGUAUCGAAGUUGGUAUGAGCAUACACAAUCUCCAUCUCUCCGUUUACUGGUCUCGCCUUGGUCAACGUCUGAGUGUCCCCUUGCUCAUCGCUCCGCGGUCACUACUCGGACCCGAUAUACUCUUCUGGGCUGGUGCAUUGCCGUUCGCCGGUCUUGCCGCAGUGCAACUUGGUCUUAGCUACCGCCGUCAACAGACUGCGCGCUCGCAUCGACGUAGUCGUUUAGACAUCGCCUCUACCGACAAGCCAGUCGCCAUCGCCCAGCACCGAUUUGAAGCGGACAGCAUCACCACACUUCUUGCACAGCCUGUUGAAGUUCGGCAGAAGGGCCAGAUGACCCUCAAAGGCCUUGUGAUCCUCAGUGCAAGGUUCGGUAUCCCUAGUGAAGAUGGCUCACUCGUCCCAGGCGACGAAGUUGCUGAUGUGACUGUUGCCGUUGCGGCUUUGAUCAGUGAACCUUCUUACGCCAACGGACCUGCCCUUGUCAUUCCCCAAGGGGUGCGUAAGAGCCGCUUGCCAGGUUUCUGGGACCCUGCGCCUGGCCAGGAUAAGGUUCUCCGUGUUGAGUACCAGUUCAAGGGCAAGGCGGGCUCUAUUGAGGUCAGCAAUCGUGAUGAACUUGUUCUUCCACCGCAAGCUUGA